AGGGUUGGAACACUGUCCCACAUGACUGGACUUCGUUCGGUGACACUUCCAAUUGGCCGGAUGUCUUCCGGGGACCAAACGAUCAAGUGGAUCUGACCAUCCGAGCGAGUGCCAUGAUCAAGCGGUACUACCUCCGCCAGCACUUUGGUGUAUGUUUUGCGCAGGAGAACCAUGAUAGAUAUGGCGACUACAAUCUUGGUCGCGCGAUGUUGUUCGCGCAUGCACCAUAUUAUCUCAAGUUCCAUGAGAUUAUCACGGGUGGCUGGACCUCUUUGGUCGAUCAUGCCGAGUGGAUACAUGAGACAUAUUGGCGAUUAAAUGCGGUAAAACAGGAUGGUCGGAGCGCUGGAUUAAUUAUAGGUCCAAACGUUUACCGCAGCUCCAUGCAAAAGUCAGUGUUCGACUUGAACAUCUUCGAGACACAGUCCUCCGAAGACGUCCAAGAUGGGGAAGAAGAAGAGGACGUGGAUGAAUAAUUAUUGUAGACACAUUCUUCGUAUCACUUCACCAUCCUUGUUCUA